CAGCCCCUUAAGCAAGACAAAGUGUUUCUAAUUUUAAAGGGAAAUUCAGCUAAAAGUGUUUAGAUCUAUAGAGUCUUUGCUGACUGACGCUUUAACGCACUCGGACACACCCCUUAAUCUGUAAAGCGCUGACGGUGAGGUGGAGCGCACGAGGUAACGUUCAUCAUGCCACGUGCAGAGCGUAAACGUUACACCGUGUGACAGAGCAACAGGGCGCGCGCGCUUUAACGGGCACCGCGCGGCCAUGCGCCUUCGCCGCGCUCCAGAAAAGUGACUCAGACUCGGCGCUUUUUUUUUUGUCCCCCGGGGAGCCGCGCGCUCACUCCGCAUCUUUCCGGUUGUUUCCUUCAAAAUGUGUUUGAGUGAAUCGGCGCCGAGGGAAAAGCGCGAGCGGAGCUCCGUGCGCGAGGCCGGUGAGCUCUUCCUGAAGCACACGACCUUUCACGGGCUCAGGCAAGUAUUCCUCGGAGGUUCAUAUCCACGCCGCGCAGCUUGGCUCAUCGCGUUCCUCGCCUCGCUCGCGCUCUUGGUCGCGUGGUCCUCCAACCGGGUGCGCUAUUUGCUGUCGUCGCCCGUGCACACGAAGGCGCACGUGGUGUACGCCACGCGCCUCGUCUUCCCCGCGGUGACUAUCUGCAACCGGAACCUGCUGCUGCCGCGGCGCAUGAGCAAACCGGAUAUCUUUAGCGCGGGACGCUGGCUUGGUUUACUGGGGAAAAACCGGCAAGUGUCCGCGGGCGCAGCGGAGGCUCUGGGCGCGCGAGAGGAUUCGAACACGCCGUUCCGUGCACUGGAUUUCAGUCGCUUUCUGCCCCCGCCGCGUGAGGCGCAGCCCUCCAUGAGGCAGCUGUUGGACCGACUCGGGCAUCAGCUGGAGGAAAUGUUGCUGUAUUGCCGCUUUCAGGGCGAACGCUGCGGCCCGCGCAACUUCAGCACCAUUUUCACUCGAUACGGCAAAUGCUACACGUUCAACUCUGGCCAGGAUGGACAGCCACUCCGCAUCACCACGAAAGGGGGUAUGGGCAACGGCCUGGAACUAAUGCUGGACAUUCAACAGGAUGAGUAUCUGCCAGUGUGGGGAGAGACAGAUGAGACGUCUUUUGAAGCCGGCAUCAAAGUGCAGAUCCAUACUCAGGACGAGCCGCCGUUCAUCGAUCAGCUGGGAUUCGGAGUGGCGCCAGGCUUUCAGACUUUUGUGUCCUGCCAGGAGCAGAGGUUGACCUACCUGCCCCCUCCAUGGGGUGACUGCAGGACCGAACCCAUGGACUCCGACUUCUUUACCACCUACACCAUCACAGCAUGCCGCAUCGACUGUGAGACACGGUACCUGGUAGAGAACUGUAACUGUCGCAUGGUGCACAUGCCAGGAGAUGCUCCAUACUGCACGCCAGAACAGUAUAAAGAGUGUGCAGAUCCAGCUUUGGAUUUCCUCGUGGAGAGAGACAAUGAUUACUGUGUGUGUGAGACCCCCUGCAACAUGACACGCUUUGGAAAAGAGUUGUCCUUUGUCAAGAUCCCUAGCAAGGCCUCAGCUAAAUACCUGGCCAAGAAGUUCAACAAGACAGAGCAGUACAUUGCGGAUAACAUCUUGGUUCUGGAUAUCUUCUUCGAGGCUUUGAACUAUGAGACUAUUGAGCAGAAAAAGGCCUAUGAGCUGCCUGGGUUACUGGGUGAUAUUGGUGGUCAGAUGGGUCUUUUUAUUGGAGCCAGUAUUCUGACAAUUUUGGAGCUCUUUGACUAUCUUUAUGAGGUGAUCAAGUACAAGCUGUGCCGUUGCAGGAAGAAGAACCACAAACGGAGCAACAACAACGACCGAGGAGCCGUGCUGAGCCUGGACAACGUGCAGUGCCAUCCUCCAUGUGAAAACCUUCGCACUCCAUCUACAUAUUCGGCUAACAUCCUACCUCACCAUCCAGGGCAGGGUAACUUCGAGGACUUCACCUGCUGAGUGAAUGAGUGAGGAGCUGUUAGGGUUGGACUCCAGCUCGCAGUAUACAACCAAAGCCGACUGACUCCAUCCUCGCGAACACCCACCCAUCCCGGACGACACAGAGCUGAUUUUGGCUGGAUGUUUUAACACACCGCAUUGUGUCAUGUAAAAUAAUCAAAACAUUAAAACCACAAAAUACUGUAGUACUGUUCCACAACACAACCAUGUGUGUACUUUUAAAGGAUUUUGGAACACUGCCUCGAACGGGAACUCCUUCUUGACUAAGCCUUUGAGACAUGGAACAUCACAGCUCAAACGGACAGGCUUCCUGUGGGCGGAGUCCCCUGCCUUUUCUGUAUAUAACAGCGGCUAUACACCGUCUUAACUGAGUGGCUUAAUUAGAUUGUUAGAAAUAAUAUAAUGCUUAAUCAAUGUAGCAGCAUUCGUGGUGACUGAUGGACUCCAGUGACGUGCCACUCACUAUCAGUGUGUCUCAUUUAAGAAUGUAUUUUUCAUACUGACAGGAAAUUAUCAACUGUUCGUGGAGAAGAAAGCUGAGUUCAGCAGUCUGUUGUUCCAUUCAGCUCUCAUCUUGUGACUGCAUGCUUGUAUUUGUCUUCCUGUGCAUGUUUUUUAGUUUUUUUCAGUAACCAUUGUUAUUAUUGCCAAGUUUGCCUCAAUUAUAUACAGGUGCGUGUGUGUGUGUGUGUGUGAGUAUGUGUGUGUGUGAGUAUGUGUGUGUGUGUGAGUAUGUGUGUGUGUGUGAGUAUGUGUGUGUGUGUGAGUAUGUGUGUGUGUGUGUGAGUAUGUGU